AUGACCUUGAACGCCAAUGCGGCGGAGCAGAUCUCCAAGACGCGCCAGUCCGUGCUCGAUGUAGGGCAACGCAACCAGCUGGAGGUGGUGCAAGCCGAGGUGCGCCGCAACAACGAGCAGCUCACCAUGCUCCGACGCGAAAACAAGGAGCUGCGCUUGGUGCUGCAGCAGACCAUCCGCGGCCAGCGCAACAUCAGUGUGGAGGACCACUACGCCAAGGAGGAGGACCUUCUGCACAAUAAAAUGUGCGUGCUGAAGCGCAGCAUCAACGCCGUGAAGGGCAAGAAUGCCGAGUUACUCAAGGAGAUCGAGCGAACCACCGAGGAGAAUCACUUCAUCCAGCAGGAGGGUAACGGCGUUCUGGAGGAGAACUCCACCAUCGCGCAUAAAAUUCGCGCCCUCGAGAACCGUCUUGACAAGUGCCUUGUGAAGCACAAUGAGGUGCAAACCAUUCGGCGCACGUACGAGACGCUGCUGGAGCGGCUGCAGCUGGAGCAGGCCGGCUUCAACACACAGGUCUCGUCCACAGAGCAGGCGCUGCAGUGCGCCAACAAAGAGCUGGGCGAGUUGGUGGCGGUCUGGAAAAGUGCAGCCAAGGCGCGAGACGCGGCAAAGGCCGAAGUGUCAGACCUGAAGGCGCAGCUCGCCGCAGAAAGGCAGAGGCAGCGCAAGGACCUCGACGAGCGCCGCGCCUUCAUCGAGUCGAAGCGGCAGCAGCUGGCGAAGAAACACGAGGCAAUACUACUAAAGCUUACCCAGCAGGAGGAGCGACAUGCGCGCAUCCUGCAGAGCGCGGACGGCGUCACCGGCAGCUCCGCCCGGCGCCGCGGACACCACAGCCGCGCCGCGUCAGCCGCAUCGCUCAGCCCGGAUGAGGUGGAGCAGCUGCAGGCGCAGAAGACGGCGUACCUCCGCCUGCGUGAUGUGACAAUGGGCACGAACGUCUCGGAUGUCCUCGCAAAGCUGCGCGAGCGGUCGGCUCAUCAUGUGCAGCUGCAGGCCACAGCGGCAGAACUCGAGGUCAGCAUGCAGCAGCUCGACAAUGAAAAGUCGGCACUGCAGUCGGAGUGGGAGGAGGUGAACCACCGCGCCGGCCACGCGCUUGUGUCCGCGCGUGUGAUGCGGGCGGCUCGCGACAUACGUGGCGGUGCAGAUAAUGAGAACGUCGAGACAUGCGGGGCCGAUGGCAAGGACGGCGAGGGCAACAGCAGCAGAAACGCCGCGGCGGAGGCCGGCGGUGCCGAGGCGGUCGACUACGGCCUUCUCGCGGACAGGUGUCACGAGCGUCAUCUCGUUCUGGAAGAGUUCCGCCAGCACCUGCACCAGCGGCAGGACGAGCUCGAGGAGGCGGAAGAGAAGCACAACGGGCUCGCCCAGCUUCUCCGCGAGGUGGAUCUUGGUGUGCAGUACCUGGCCGAAAAGCUGUCCAUCUCCGCCGCACUGCCUGUUGCGGCGAACGCAGCAACGGACGUCUCUGCCGCACCGCAGCAGCAUCAGAAUCAGCGACUCGCCACUCAGACCAGUCUGACGAACGAUCUACUGCGCAACUGUGGUGCCAAGCUGCAUCUGAUGCUGGAGGAACUAUCUCCCGAAGAACUGGACGCCGUCGUGCGGUCGAUGAGCACGGCCAAGUUCCUCAUUCCUGGGACUAAUGUGCGAGUCCCCGAGGUGCUGGAAGCACAGCGCGUUCAGCGGCAGCAACAGACCUCCUCAGCAUCCCCCGCGCGCAUGUCGCCUUCGCACGUUGGUGGAGCUUCCCUGUCACAGGCCUCUAUGGGUGCACAGGGUGAUGGCCCCUCGCCGACGACGCGGCAUCACGGCAGCGUUGAUAGCGAUACACAGGCAGCUGGCGUGGCGGCCUCUGGUGCAUCCGCCGCAGCUGUGGCUGCAGUGUCCUUGGUGGAUGACUACCCUGAAAACGAAAUCCACGACCGGCAGGAGCUGAAGAUGAUGUCGAUGGCGAUUGUGGAGCGGGAACAGCAGAAGGCGCGCAAACGUCAGAUGCAGCAGCGACGCACCAAGGAGGAGGUGGCGUAA